CUUUGGCUUCACUCCCAACAAUCAAAGGAGCUAAGGAUACAGAGACAUACUGAUUUUUUUGUACACGUACAAAUACAGAAAGAAAGGAAAUGGCUGACGGCAACGCCGGCGGUCAAUACGGAGAUUUUCCGGUGAUUCCAACUCACUGCGGCCAGUUUGUUCAAUAUAACAUUUUCGGCAAUCUUUUUGAAAUUACCUCGAAAUAUCGACCUCCGAUUAUGCCGAUUGGUCGCGGCGCUUACGGUAUCGUCUGCUCGGUGUUGAAUUCGGAGACAAACGAGAUGGUUGCGGUAAAAAAGAUAGCGAAUGCUUUUGAUAAUCACAUGGACGCAAAACGAACGCUUCGGGAAAUUAAGUUGCUUCGCCAUUUGGAUCAUGAGAACGUUAUAGCCAUCAGAGAUGUAAUUCCUCCUCCUUUAAGAAGAGAAUUUACUGAUGUCUACAUUGCCAUGGAGCUCAUGGACACUGAUCUUCAUCAGAUUAUACGCUCGAAUCAAAGUUUGUCAGAGGAGCAUUGUCAGUACUUUCUGUAUCAGCUUCUUCGAGGAUUGAAGUACAUACACUCUGCGAAUGUUAUUCAUAGAGAUUUAAAACCCAGUAAUUUGUUAUUAAAUGCAAAUUGUGACUUGAAGAUCUGUGAUUUCGGUCUAGCUCGGCCAACUUCAGAGAAUGAGUUUAUGACAGAAUAUGUUGUCACCAGAUGGUACAGAGCUCCUGAACUUUUGCUCAACUCUUCAGACUACACUGCUGCAAUAGACGUGUGGUCAGUUGGUUGCAUCUUUAUGGAGCUUAUGAAUAGAAAGCCUUUAUUUCCAGGCAAAGAUCACGUUCAUCAGAUGCGUAUUUUAACAGAGCUUCUUGGGACACCAACUGAAUCAGAUCUUGGGUUUGUCAAGAAUGAGGAUGCCAGAAGAUAUAUUCGGCAACUCAGUCCACAUCCUCGUCAGCCAUUAGCCCAAAUUUUCCCUCAUGUUCAUCCAUUGGCCAUUGAUCUUAUUGAUAGAAUGUUGACAUUUGAUCCCACAAAAAGAAUUACUGUUGAAGAAGCAUUAGCCCACCCAUAUCUUGCAAGGUUACAUGAUAUAGCUGAUGAACCUGUCUGUCCAGAGCCGUUCUCCUUUGAUUUUGAACAACAACCAUUGGGAGAAGAACAAAUGAAAGAAAUGAUUUACAGGGAAGCAUUAGCACUCAAUCCUGAGUAUGCAUAAUACAAAAAAUAGCUUCAGCUUCAAGUAAUUUAUUCAUUUAUUAUUUCAAAACCUACCUGUUUGAAUAUUGUUCGAUGGGAAUGAUUGCUCAGGAUCAAACACUAUUGAUCAUAACAGAGAAAUCGUGUUGAACAACAUUGCAAAUGGGGUCAGAGAUCAGACAAAGUCAAAUCUUUCUCUGAUUAUCCGGUUGUGCGCAGUUGUACACUAUCUUUAAUCUUUAUGAGGUCAGUCACCUUACAAUCUUCAUGUGACUGAGCAUUUCUUUUUUCUUUUGAAAGUUUCUUCCUCUUGUAAGAUAUGCUGAUUUGUAAGUUUUUGAAUAUUUGAAUUUAUUCUCAAUUCAAUCCAUGCUUAUAAUUUUCAAUAAGUUGAAUCCAAUAUAGACCAAGUUCCUAAAA